AUGUACACCUUGGAGGGCUUCCAGCGUUCGUACGGGAAACAGGAUCACGCUCUGCAGAAGCUGGCCAGUCAGUACCUGAAGAGGGAUUGGCCAGGCAUCAAACCUGACGACCAACGCACAGACUACAGGAAUGUGUAUGCUGUGUGGCGGUCCUAUCUGGAGGGGACGGUACAGGUGACUCAGUCUCGCAUCAACGUGUGUGACAACUACAAGAAUGAGAUCUCAGACCCUGCUAAAACUGUACGGCUGUACAAGGAACAGCAGCUCAAAAAGAGUAUAGAACAGUUGAAUCGUAUCCAGGUGGAGCUGCAGGACUCCGUGAAGGACCUGGCCAAAGCCAAGAAGAAAUACUACGACUCAGAACAGGUGGCUCAGGCCGUUCGAGAGAAGGCUGACAUCGAGGCCAAGUCGAAGCUAGGUCUGUUUCAGUCCAGGAUUAGUUUACAGAAAGCCAACGUUAAGUUGAAAGCCAAGAGGAGUGACUGUAACUCUAAAGCAACCCAUGCCAGGAAUGACUACCUGUUAACCCUGGCAGCAGCUAACGCUCAUCAUGACCGCUACUACCACACAGACCUGCUGCACUGUAUACAGGAGUUGGAUGGAGGGAUAUAUAACCAUGUGAAGGACUAUCUGAUCUCUAUCUGUCAGACAGAGCUGGAGGCCUUUCAGGCCAUACACAACACCUUCCAGUUCCUACUGGACAAAUCCAACAGGGUGAUGCAGGAGUUUAACCAGCAGCUCUUCAUGCAGGAGAACCCUGUGUUUCAUAAAGCACAAGACUUCCAGUUCCAACCCAGCGACUGUGACACGUACAGCACCAGACCAGACAGUCUAACCCCUAUGCAUCGUACAGGAUCAGGCCCUGAGUUAGACGUGGGAGACCAGUACCAGGUGACAGGACUGGUCUAG